AUGAACUGGCAAAGGAACGACCGACCCCGGCGAGUUCGACAGCAACCAUUGCUGGAAGCUCAGCAGGUUCACGCCGACGCAACGAACGCCGAUCAGCAUCUGCAGCAGCAGGAAACCGUCGAUCAGCUUUACGUCGCAAUCCGCCGGCUACCGAAGGCGGAUGCAGCUUUGGUGCUGCUGUAUCUGGACGAACUGAGCUAUCGCGAGAUCGCGGACGUGCUGGGAAUUUCGGAAAGCAACGUCGGCGUGAAGCUGAACCGAGCAAAGAAAGCGUUGGCCGGGUUGAUGAACGGCCUGCAGGGCGAUUCACCGACAACCGAGGCUCAAACUCUGAUGGAAUCCGGCACUACGGUGAACCUGCAGGUCAAUGCAUUCAGCUGGCCGGCAUGGGCCGAAAACUGGAAUCGGAUCAUCCCGUCGUGGUCAGUGGCCGCCUGCAUCCUGCUGCCGACGAUCGCCGGCGCUUAUGCAGGAAAACAGUUUCCGCUGCCGGACAUGGGGCCGGUGCUGUUUCAGUCGAUCGUGGCGGCCGUCAUUUGUUUCGAAGCUGCGCUGUUGGCUGUCUGGCUGCAAUCAAAGAAACGGCGUCUGCGGACGCCCGCCGUGACGGAUGGUCCAAAGCUACCGAAAGGGCCGGCGAUUGCCACUAUCGUUCUGACCCUUCUGAUGGGGGUCCUGGCGAUUGUCGCGCUUUACAGUUUCGCCGCGGAGCUCGAACCGUGGGACAGUUCGUGGCAACAGUCGUCACUCCCCGAUAUCAGUGCCUUCGAUAAGCGGGCCACAGAGCGAAUCGAUCGCUGGCUGCAGUCGCUGUGCGAAGACCGCUAUCCGAGUCUGAGUGCCGUGGUGAUCCGUGACGGCAAGGUUGUUUACAAAGGCGCGUUUGGAUUUGAAGAUUUGCGAGCUGCCAGGCCGGCGACUCCGCAGACUCAAUACCACGUUGCCUCUGUGACGAAAGUCUUCACAGCAUCACUGGCCGUAAUUCUGCACGAACGCGGAGUCAUCGAUCUGGAUCGCCCGGUCGUCGAAUACCUGCCGGACGGUGUGAACAUCAGCACGACUCCGGAAGUUGGUGACACGAUCACAUUGCGGCAACUGGCAUCACACACAUCCGGUCUGCCCCGCCGAGUUCCCGGACCUGUUCAGUCAGCCGAAGGCCAUUAUCAACUGGAACCGCAGAAGCUGUAUCGUUUGCUGGCGGAACUCCGUUUGGAGUCGAAGCCGGGCACUGCACAAAUCUAUUCCAAUCUGGGAUACGGGGUGCUGGGACAUGUGCUCGAACUGGCCGCCGAUAGACCGUUUCACGAACUGAUGGACGAACUCAUCUGUGAACCACUGAAAUUGCAGCAAACUGCGAUUCAGGCAGACGAUUCGCUUCGUCCGGCGACCGGCUACGAUCGGCAAGACUGGCAGGUCGAGCAAACUCAUUCGUACAGGGAACGCCUGGCCGGUUCCGGUGGCCUGAUCACUUCAAUCGACGAUCUCGCAUCCUUCCUGGCGGCUCAACUGCAGCCGAAUGUCUUGACCCGCGCAAUGCUCGACCAACUGCAUACCGAAGCAAAAUUGUCGACUGGUCUCCCUGCGGGCACUGCGUUGGGAUGGACGAUCGCUGCACCCAUUCAGGAUGCCCCCGUGAUGCGCGAAGCCGUCGAUCACGUCCUGGAAAAGAACGGUGGUCGAAGCAACUGCAGUGCCUGGAUCGGGUUCGCACCCGAUCACAAAGUCGCCGUCGCGGUUGUUACCAACUGCGGCGGACCCUAUGUCGAUCCCAUCGGUCGCCGCCUGCUGGAACAGGCGGUUCCGUCAUCGCAAAAACGGCUGCGGGAACCUCGAUAUGCUCGAGUUUCUCCGUAUUCCGGGAUUCGCUGGGAGAACGAUCGUCCCCUCGUUCGGAUUGACGAUCAGUGGUAUGACCUGCUGGCAGUUGACGGUAUUUCUGUGGACCGCAUCGUUGGCUUUGCGAAGAAACAGUAUGGCCGUCGAGCGCGCAAGCGAGUGGCGGAAGACCUGAUCCAGAUUCUUGCGGAACUUGGCCACGACCCCGAUUGGGAAGUGACCCUGGACCUUCGAACGCAGGACGGAACCACGGUGCAGCAGGACGUACUGAUGACCAAACGGAACCGUAACCAGGUCCGUUCGUAG